AUGAUCGACGACAAGCACCCUCCGUCCUCGAUCCAGAGCGCAAACUUCUUCUCCUAUAUGACCUUCAGCUGGAUCCAGCCAAAAAUUCUCUACGGAAAACAAAACACAAUUGUUGCAGAUGAUAUCGAACGCCUCUCAGAAAACGACCGUGUCCAGCGCAUCUCCGAUCUCGUCUACAAGGAAUGGACCAUCGAGGUCGAGAACGCCAAGCGUGCCAACACUCCUACCCACAAAGAGCGCCCCAACCUCUUUAAGGUCCUUUGGAGAUGCUACGGUCUCUAUGCCAUGGUCCCCCUCAUUUCUGGAUUCUUUGAGGGUGUCUGCAAGAUCAGCGAAGCCGUCCUCUUGGGAUAUGUUAUUCGCUUCUUCAACAACCCCAGCAUGACCAUCAAGCAAGGAAUGGGCUAUGCAGUCGCCCUCUUUCUCGUCACCCUUAUCCACGGCACAUUUCACCACCACAACUUCUUUCACGUCCUUCGACUCGGCACAUGGAUCCGCCAAUCUCUUAUCGCCCUCAUGUACCGCAAAUGCCUCACCCUCUCCACCUCAAGCUCAAUCUCGACAGGAACAGUCGUCAACCUGAUCUCAAACGACCUCCAGCCCUUUGAGAGCUUCGCUCCUUUUGGACUUUACUUGAUCCUCGGACCUCUGGAAAUGAUCGCCGGCAUGUAUUUCCUUUGGCAGGAACUCGGGGUUGCCUGUCUGGCCGGUCUCUUGGCUCUGUCUCUCUUGAUGCCCCUCCAGGCCUUCUUCUCUCGGCAGUUUGGAUCCAUCCGCACCAACACUGUCAAUGCCCGUGACGAACGCAUCAGGACUUUGUCAGACGUCUUUUCAGGAAUCGAGCUGGUCAAGCUGUGCGCGUGGGAGGUCCCUUUCCAAGAAAAGAUCAUGAUGUUGCGCUCGAUCGAACUCAAAUACAUCUGGCACUCCAACAUCCUCAGCUCUAUCAACAUGGCCAUCUACUUCUUCUUCCAGCCUGUCGUCGUCAUGUUCGCCUUUACAGCCUACUGGCUCCAGCACAGGAACGCCGUCGACCCUGUCUCUCUGACACCUGACAAGGUCUUUGUCUCCCUGACCCUGUUUAACAUCCUCCGCACCAACAUGACCUCCUACUUCCCCAAGGCUAUCCAGGCCUUGGCUGGCGUCCGUGUCUCUGUCAAGCGCAUUACCGACUUUUUGCUUUUGCCAGAGUUGAGAGGCAUUGAGCUUGAUGUUGACUCUCAGGAGGCGGAUGACAGUUUGGGUCAAGGUGGGGUCAAAGCGCAGGAUCUUCCCGACAUCUUGAUCGAUAUGAGGGGCGCCUCGUUCUCCUGGGCGAUUUCGACUGACGGAAAGAACGAGAUCCUGGAGCUCUCGGCCAAGGACAGGAAAGAGAAGGCGGCCAAGGAGAAGGACGCCAAGAACAAGAAGGGCCUCGCAACCCACUCCGAUGACAGCUCUGACAACGAUGUGACCUUGCUGGACACCCCCAAGAAGGCUCUCCUUAACAACAUCACCAUGACCCUCCGCCGCGACGAGUUGCUCGCCAUUGUUGGACCCGUCGGCUCUGGCAAGUCCAGCUUUUGUAUGGCUAUCCUGGAGGAGAUGCCCCUUGUCUCUGGAUCCAUGAAUAUUGCUCACCAUCAAGAUACGCGCCGCCGCCCCCUUUCCAUGUCUUACUCUGCCCAGUCCCCCUGGAUCUUUGCUGGAUCGAUUCGUAGCAACAUUCUCUUUGGCGCCUCUUUCAACCAGGAACACUAUGACAAGGUCAUCAAGGCCUGUGAGCUCACUCGCGAUCUCAAGUUGUUCCCCAAAGGCGACGCAACUCUCAUUGGUGAGAAGGGUGUCACCCUCAGUGGAGGUCAACGGGCCCGUGUCUCGCUCGCCAGAGCCGCCUACAGAGAUUCAGACGUUUACAUUCUGGAUGACCCUCUCUCGGCUGUCGAUCCCAAAGUCGGACGUGCACUUUUCCAGAACUGCAUUAACGGACUACUCAAGGGCAAGGCUCGCGUCUUGGUCACCCACCAGCUUCAGUACAUCAAGGACUGCGAAAAUGUCAUUGUUCUCGAGCGUGGUCUGAUCACCCAUAUGGGCCACGUCGAUGAGGUGAUGAGGGAGGAGGUCGAGGUCACGCAGGUUGUCCAGGAGGGCGAUGAUGUCAGGAGUAUUAACACCCGCGCCAAGUUUGUCGAUGUACUCCGUGAAUUUGCCAGAAAGGUCCCCGAGGCUCCUACCGAGGAGAGUAUCCUCGCCACCGCCGAUUAUGAGACUGCAACCCUUACUACUCAAAACAACAGUGGCACUGACGACAGGAAGGACAAAGCAGCUACAGUAGACGACAAUGGCGAUGACGGCGCCAGCAUUAUGGAGAAGAAUUUGACUGUUGAAGAGGUUGCCGAAGGUGAGACAUCAUUCAAGGCCUAUAUAGAGUUCUUCCGCAUCGGUUCUACUUGGUCCAAACUCAUCCUGACGAUCAUCUGUUUGGCUGCCGCUCAGACCAUCGUGGUCCUCGGCGAGUUUUUCCUGACUCGGUGGUCCGGUGCCUCUGCCCAAGAACAAAAAAAGUCGUACUACCCUACUGCCUUUGGUCUCUACUGUCUUGGAACCGUCAUCAUGACCUUGAUCCGUUCGUACUUGUUCUUUGACUGCCUUACCGCCAGCUCCCGCAACAUCUUCCGUGCUAUGUUGGAUGCCCUCAUGCAUACCAGCAUCGACUUUUUCCACGCCAACCCCCACGGCCGUGUCCUAAACCGGUUCUCCAAGGACAUGGCGCUCAUCGACGAGUUGCUGCCAUAUGUCUUUUUCGACGCCACCCAAAUCGGAUUCAUGUUGCUCGGAUCUGUCGUCACUGUCUGUAUCGUCAACCCCUGGAUCGUAAUCGCUGUCCCUAUUAUUCUUUCCGGAUUUAUUGCCCUCCGCUCGCUCUACAUGAAGUCCAGCCGUCAAGUCAAGCGUAUCGACAGUACCUCCCGCUCGCCCAUCUACUCUCACUUGUCUGAAACCCUUGAUGGAUUGACCUCUGUCCGUGCCUUUGGUGUUGCCAACAAGUUUAUGGACGAGCAUAUCAAGACCCAGGAAGACAACGGUCGUGCUUUUUUCACCUACCUUGGCAUGGCUCGCUGGCUAGGUUACCGUUUAGAUGCUGUCUCAGCUAUGUUCCUAGGAGUCACUGCAAUCGCCUGUGUCGCCGUCCGCGACAGCCAAGAAGCUUCUCGGGCCGGCCUUGCCAUGUCAUCUGUCAUCAGUUUAUCCGGCGAGCUCCAGUGGGCCAUCCGCAUGAGUGUCGAGGCCGCAAUCCUGAUGGUCUCUGUAGAGCGCAUGAUGGAGUACGCCCAGACCAAGCCCGAAAUCUCCCCGCGCCACAUGAACAACCCCGACGGGACCAGUGUUGUCUCCAACGGCUGGCCAUCCACCGCUCAGGUCAGCUUCUCGGACAUGUCGUUGACUUACCCCCGUGGCGACGGCCCCGUCCUCAAGAAUGUCUCACUUAAUUUUAGAGCUGGUGAGAAGAUUGGGAUUGUUGGACGUACGGGUGCAGGAAAGUCGAGCAUGAUUGGAGCCUUGUUCCGGUUGGUCGAGACCAUGACUGGGAAUCCCCUUCACCGAGGCGGUAUCUACAUUGACGGGAUUGAUAUCAGCAAGAUUGGAGUUCAUGAUCUUCGUGAGCGGAUGGCGAUUAUCCCGCAGGAGCCCUUCCUCUUCCGCGGUACCCUGCGGUUCAACCUCGAUCCGACCAACAAGCAUCAGGACGCCGAUAUCUGGGCUGCACUCGAGGCCGCCGAGAUGAAACGCCUUGUCGAGGGGCUCGAAGGGCGUCUCGACGCCGCAGUGGACGACAACGGCAAGAACUUUAGUAUCGGCGAACGUCAAUUGAUCUCGCUGGCGCGCGCAAUUCUGCGUCGGUCAAAGAUCAUUGUCAUGGACGAGGCGACCGCCAAUGUCGACUUGCAGUCAGACAGGAUGAUCCAGAAAGCGAUCCAUACACAGUUCCAAGGCGCGACGGUGUUCACGAUUGCACAUCGGUUGAACACUGUCAUUGGCGACUAUGACAGGAUCUUGGUGUUGGACCAAGGGGAGGUCAAGGAAUUUGGUGAGCCCUGGGAGUUGUUGGAUGAGACUAGUUCGUUAAACCAGGGUUGGUUGAAGGGGAUGGUUGCAGGGACUGGACCUGAGAAUGAAGGCGAGUUGACACGGAUUGCAAAGGAGCUUUAUGAUUCCCGUCAUUGUGCCGCCGUCGCCUAG